UCAAUCACUUCCAUCUUUUUCAAAAUCUCCUUUUCCCACUCUCUCUCUCUCUCUCUCGCUUGAAGAACAAGAUUGGUAUAUUUGUUACAAUGGGCUAGUUUAUCAAUAUCUUUCACAAAUAAAGAAGAAGAAGGUGAUAUCUUUGAGGUUGAUAUCUCGAAAAAAAUGGGGAAGAAAGAGCAGAAAGAUCAUCAUUCAACAGUAGAAAGCGACGACAAAGUCGAAGCUGUUCUUCAUCUUCUUCGUAAACAUUCUCCUCUCACUCUUAAACAGGAGAAGUUCUGUAACAGAGCUUGUGUCAGUAGAUUCUUGAGAACAAAAGGAGACAAUGCGAAGAAAGCAGCUAAACAGUUAAGAUCAUGCCUUUCAUGGAGAUCUUCUCUUGGCAUCGAGAGCUUAAUCGCCGACGAGUUCACGGCGGAGCUAGCUGAAGGCCUUGCUUAUGUAGCCGGCCUUGACGACGAGUGUAGACCCGUUUUGGUUUUCCGCAUUAAACAAGACUACCAGAAGCUACACACGCAGAAACAGUUGACUCGUUUGGUGGUAUUUACAUUGGAGGUAGCAAUCUCAACCAUGUGCAGGAACGUCGAAGAAUUUGUCAUCCUUUUCGAUGCUAGCUUCUUCAAAUCAGCAUCAGCCUUCAUGAACAUACUUGUGACUACACUCAAAAUAGUUGCAGAGUAUUAUCCUUGUCGUCUUUUCAAAGCUUUUGUCAUCGACCCUCCUCCUCUUUUUUCGUACCUUUGGAAGGGUAUUCGUUCAUUCCUGGAUCUGUCAACAGCCACGAUGAUUGUAUCGAUGCAGAAUUUCCAAAACUCGUUUGACUACGACGACUUCUCUUCUUCAUACCCAUCACGAGUCUCCUCCCUCCGUUUCGACACGUCAUCAAUAAAAUCAACGGACAAGAUCGGCUCCUGCGCAUCCUCUAGGUUCGCCUUCACCGUAUCACGCGACGGUCUCGACACGGUCAAACCGUGGUGCCUCACGCUGACCGACACGUCAUCAUCGAAGCUAGGACACACAGGCGCGUACCUCUCACCGCUAAACGCGCGUUCUUUCUCCUUCGCGUCACCCGCGGCUAGGCGCGAGCCCAUCGGUGGACCCAGGAGAAGCUUUUUCGCUUCCACGCCAAUGCCAGCUAGGACGAUCGAACGUCACUGCAUCGGAGGAACGCUCCGUGACCCGCGGGUGCCUCGCCCGUCUUUCUUCCAGUCUCCGGCGGUGUUUUUCCGGCGAGAGUCACACGUCAGCAAAACUGAGAAACCGAGGGAUACGUUCCUUCCUUUCCUCAAGUUCUAUCGUAGACCGUACGAUGAGAUGACUUAUAGGUCAAAGAUGCGGCCCCCACUCGGUGGUCUUGUCUCUAUUGUUUCAACGCAGAUUAGACGCCGCCACGUGUCUUUGUCUCAACGGUUCUAGCUUAUGAAGCUAUAUAUAGUUUAUUCACCUCAUGAAGAAAGUACGUAGUAGUAAAAAAAAAGUACGUAGUAGUAUAUAACUUUUGUUGCCAUUUUGUUACAAGAGGUUUCCAUUAUUGUUGACUUUUUCUAUCGUGUUAGUUCCUCAGAUGUAUUUUUAAUAAUCUUAUUGAUCAAUUGUUUAUUUAUUUA